CACCCCUGCCUGCAUACACCUGCAUCUAUAGUCUCUUAGUAGUUACAAUGGCUAAUGUCGCUCUGAUCGGCUGUACUGGCAUGGUGGGGAGCCACAUCCUCACCAGCCUGCUCGCCAACACCUCCGUCGCGCGCGUCGACACCAUCUCGCGUCGCACCCCGGACGCCGCCACCACCGCCCCGCAAGAGAAGCUCACAACCUUCGUCUCCGAAGACACAACCAAGUGGUCCGCGCAGCUCUCCUCGCUAACCCCCACCCCGGGCAUCUUCUUCUCCGCCUUCGGCACGACCAGGGCCGCCGCCGGUGGCUUCGAGAACCAAUACAAGAUCGAGCAUGGCCUGAACGUCGAGCUGGCCCGCACGGCGCGCGAAGCCGGCACCAAAGUCUACGUUCUGAUCUCCUCCGCCGGAGCGGACAAGAACUCCUCCUUUGGCUACCCGCGCAUGAAGGCCGAGAUUGAGGAAGAGGCUAAGGCCCUUGGAUUCGACACGACUAUUAUCCUCCGUCCGGGGCGGAUUGCUGGUGAGCGCCAGGAGAGUCGGCCCGCUGAGGCGGUGGUGCGGUUCUUUGCUGGCUGGGCGGGCAAGAUCCAUUCUGGGUUGAAGGAUGGCUGGGCGCAGGAGUCGGAUGUUAUUGCUAAGGCGGCGGUUAAUGCGGGGAUUAAGGCGCUGAAUGGCGAUGCCCCAGCCGGGAGUGAAAAGGUUUGGGUGCUGAACGGGCAGGACAUUCUGAAGUAUGGGAGGGAGUGAUUGACUUUGGUAGACUUGGGUUUUCUAGAGAUACAGUGCCGUGGUUCUCGGUGGUUUUGUAUGGAUAAUGUGAUCAUUGUUACUUUCUUCCUGUGGGUGUUUGGUAGAUGCGUCUAUACUUAGUA